UUCCCUCCCCCCAAAUACAGAACACAUUUACCGCUAAAGCAAAGAUAGAGGUAUUCAGGAAGGCAAUUGUCACCAGACAAGUUAUAAGACAAAUUCGAAAUUCAACAGCAAAGAGACUACAGAGGGUAGAUGGUGGACGUGGUGACUGGGACUGGAAAAGGAAUUUUUCUUCUGGAAUCAGACAUAACAGAGAUGUCGCAAACAAAAGUACAUCGCAAGAAAAGGCAAGUGGCUAUCCUCAUUAUAUGGAUGAUUUUGUGGGAAGUGGGUUCAGAAUCGAUUCAAUAUUCUGUACUGGAGGAGACAGAAAGUGGCACAUUUGUGGCCAAUUUGACGAAGGACCUGGGACUCAGGAGAGGAGAGCUGGCUGCUCGGGGUGCUCAGGUCGUUUUCAAGGGGAACAGACAACAUUUGCAGCUUGACCCACAGACCUAUGAUUUGCUGCUAAAUGAGAAACUAGACAGGGAAGAGCUGUGCGGCUCCACUGAGCCCUGUGUGCUACAUUUCCAAGUGUUACUGGAAAAUCCCUUGCAGUUUUUUCAGGCUGCUUUACGAGUCAGAGAUAUAAAUGACCAUGCCCCAGAGUUUCCAGCCAGAGAAAUGCUACUAAAAAUAUCAGAAAUUACUACACCAGGAAAGCUAUUCCCUUUGAAAAUGGCACAGGACCUAGAUGUUGGUAGCAACGGUCUUCAGAGCUACAUAAUCAGCUCCAAUCCUCAUUUUCACGUUGUCACACGCAAUCGCAGUGACGGCAGGAAGUUCCCGGAGCUGGUGCUGGACAAAGGCUUGGACCGUGAGGAGCAGCCCGAGCUUAGACUUACCCUCAUAGCGCUGGAUGGUGGAUCUCCACCCCGUUCUGGAACCACCGAGAUUCAGAUACUGGUCUUGGAUAUCAAUGACAACGCCCCCGAGUUUGCUCAGGAGCAAUACGAGGCGCAAAUCCCUGAAAACAAUUCUCUGGGCUCUCUGAUUAUCACCGUCUCAGCGAGGGAUUUAGAUGCAGGAUCCUUUGGGGAAGUAUCUUACGCUCUAUUUCAGGUAGACGACAUUAAUCAGCCCUUCGAAAUAAACGCAAUUACAGGAGAAAUUCGACUGAGAAAGGCACUGGAUUUUGAGGAAUUUCAAUCUUACCACGUGGAUAUUGAGGCUACAGAUGGCGGGGGGCUAUCUGGAAAAUGCUCUUUAGUCAUCAAGGUUCUGGACAUAAAUGACAACACUCCUGAAUUGACCAUGUCCUCACUCAUCAGUCCCAUCCCCGAAAACCUGCCAGACAUCAUAGUGGCAGUUUUCAGUGUAUCAGAUGCAGAUUCUGGACAAAAUCAACAGAUCGUUUGCUCCGUAGAUGACAAUCUCCCCUUUCUCCUAAAGCCAUCAGUGGAGAAUUUCUACACCUUGGUAACUGAAGGAGCACUGGAUAGAGAGAGCCAGGCCGAGUACAACAUCACCAUCACCGUCACUGACUUGGGGACCCCCAGGCUGAAAACGCAGCACAACAUAACCGUGACGGUCUCCGACGUCAACGACAACGCCCCCGCCUUCAGCCAAACCACCUACACCCUGCGGGUCCGCGAGAACAACAGCCCCGCGCUGCACAUCGGCAGCGUCAGCGCGGAGCCGGGCGGCGUCGGCGGGCCGCUGCCCGGUGCCCGAGGGCCACUUUCCGGGCCACCUGGUGGACGUCAGCGGCACGGGGACGCUGUCCCAGAGCUACCAGUACGAGGUUCUGGGUUUGGACAGUAUUCGGUGACAGAGGAAAGAGAGAGAGGAUCAUUUGUAGUUAAUCUGGCAAAGGAUUUGGGGUUAGGGGACGGGGAAUUGGUUGCAAGGGGAGCCCGGGUGGUCUCUGAUGAUAACAAACAACACUUGCUCCUGGAUCCUCAGUCUGGAGAUCUGCUCACAAAUGAGAAGCUGGACCGGGAGAAGCUCUGUGGCCUCACAGAGCCCUGUAUGCUGCAUUUCCAAAUUUUAAUGGAUAACCCCUUUCAGAUUUACCGGGCUGAGCUGAGAGUCAGCGACAUCAAUGAUCAUUCACCAGUGUUUCGGGACCAAGAGACAGUAUUAAAAAUAUUAGAAAAUACAGCUGAAGGGACAGCAUUUCGACUAGAAAGAGCAGAGGAUUCAGAUGGAGGACUUAAUGGUAUCCAAAGCUACACCAUCAACCCGAACCCUUUUUUCCAUAUUAAAAUUAGUGACAGUGAUGAAGGCAUGAUAUACCCAGAACUAGUAUUGGAUAAGGCACUGGAUCGGGAGAAGCAGCAUGAGCUCAGUUUAACACUCACAGCACUGGAUGGUGGGUCUCCACCCAGGUCUGGGACCACCACAGUACGAAUUGUGAUCUUGGACAUUAAUGAUAAUGCCCCCCAGUUUUCUCAGACAAUCUAUGAGACCCAGGCCCCAGAAAACAUUCCAGUAGGGUCCCUUAUUGCAAAAGUCUCUGCAGGAGAUGUAGAUUCUGGAGUCAAUGCAGACAUAUCCUAUUCAUUUUUUGAUGCUUCCGAAGACAUUCGAGCAACCUUUCAAAUCAAUAGUUUUUCUGGAGAAAUUUUUCUCAUAGUGUUGCUUGAUUAUGAGCUAGUAAAGUCUUACAAAAUAAAUGUACAGGCAAUGGAUGGAGGGGGCCUUACUGCAACAUGUACUAUUUUGGUUGAAGUAUUAGAUAUCAAUGACAAUCCCCCUGAACUGAUCAUGUCAUCACUUUCCAACCAUGUUGCUGAGAACUCUCCUGAGACUGUACUCGCUGUUUUUAGAAUUAAAGACAGAGACUCUGGAGAAAAUGGAAAGAUGCAUUGCUACAUUCAAGAUAAUCUGCCAUUCCUUCUGAAACCCUCUGUGGAAAAUUUUUACAUUCUAAUGACAGAAGGGGGCCUGGACAGGGAAAGUCAGGCCAAGGUGCUGGUGUUCGUGGCGGUGCGGCUGUGCAGGCGGAGCCGGGCGGCGUCGGCGGGCCGCUGCCCGGUGCCCGAGGGCCACUUUCCGGGCCACCUGGUGGACGUCAGCGGCACGGGGACGCUGUCCCAGAGCUACCAGUACGAGGUGUGUCUGCGGGGAGGAUCUGGGACCAGUGAGUUCAAAUUCCUCAAGCCCAUUAUCCCCAAUAUCCAAGCACAGGACUCUGAGGGGAAUAGUGAAGAAAAUCCCACCUUUCGAAAUAGUUUUGGAUUUAAUUUCCAGUAAAAAUUCUUUUUAUAUUUUCAUUUACUUUUAAGUUUUGUACAAUCAUAUCAAUAUUAGAUUUGUUUUAAAAUUCCUGGUUAUUGUGCAAUUUUAAGCCCAGUGUUAAGUACUGUAUGAUUUACAAGUUGAUUCAUCCUUUUUUGCGUUUAAUCAAUAGCUUUAAUUUAAAGCACCCAUUUCUAAAUAAUAGUCUUAAGGUUUAAUCAUUCCAAAAUGGUGAAGGAUUUAAUGAUUAUUUGUUAUCUAGAAAACCUAAAUUUGUCUUUUCCUCCUAGUGUAUUUCAUAGACUAACCUCUUUAUUCUAAUCACCUUGUACUUCAUGUAAUCAGACAUCCUUGCACCUCUGAUCUUAUCUAACAUUGUUUAAUCAUGUGUAAAAAGAAUCAUGUCAUCUAGCAUUUAAGAAAUAUUUCUCUAUUACUCUGCUCAUGAGAAAAUGAGAGAGAUCAUUUUGUGAGUGAUAUGGGACGCCAGUAAUACCUUGCAGUCAUAUUAUUAUUUCAUUUCCCUUAAAUACACUACUCUUACUAUUUUCUAGUGUUCACAUUUGCUGACAUAUGUAAAAAUAGGUCAUGUCUCUUAAUGGCAACAAAAUGUAAUAACCUGCAUGAAAAUAAAUAAAAAUAUUUUGAAAAUUUGUGAAGAA